AUGGCCGGGAAGCUGCUGGCGCUGCUGCCGCCGGCGCUGCUGGCCGCCGCGGGCCUGGCCGGCCUCCUGCUGCUGAGCGUCCCGACCCGCGACGUCCGGGAGCCGCCCGCCCUCAAGUACGGCAUCGUCCUGGACGCAGGCUCCUCCCACACGUCCAUGUUCAUCUACAAGUGGCCGGCGGACAAGGAGAACGACACGGGCAUUGUGGGCCAGCACAGCUCCUGCGACGUGCGGGGUGGGGGCAUCUCCAGCUACGCAGACAACCCCGCGGGCGCCGGCCAGAGCCUGGUGGAGUGCCUGGACCAGGCGCUGCAGGACGUGCCCCAGGAGAGGCACGCGGGCACACCGCUGUACCUGGGGGCCACGGCGGGCAUGCGCCUGCUCAAUCUGACCAGCCCGGAGGCCGCGGCCAGCGUGCUGGAGGCCGUGACGCGGACGCUGACCCAGUACCCCUUUGACUUCCGCGGCGCCCGCAUCCUGUCAGGCCAGGACGAGGGGGUGUUUGGCUGGGUGACGGCCAACUACCUGCUGGAGAAUUUCAUCAAGCACGGCCGGGCCGGCCGCUGGUUCCGGCCGCGGAGGGGCACGUUGGGGGCCAUGGACCUGGGCGGCGCCUCCACGCAGCUCACCUUCGAGGCGGCCGGCCCGGCCGAGGACCCGGCCAGCGAGGUCCAGCUGCGGCUGUACGGCCAGCAGUACCGCGUCUACACCCACAGCUUCCUCUGCUACGGCCGCGACCAGGUCCUCCAGCGGCUGCUGGCCAGUGUGCUCCAGACCCACGACGCCCACCCCUGCUGGCCCCGGGGCUACUCCGCCCACGUGCUGCUCCGGGAGGUGUACGCGUCCCCGUGCACCACCGCCCUGCGGCCCCCGACCUUCGACCCCACCGCGGAGGUCAGCCUGGUGGGCAGCGGCGACCCCGCCCUCUGCCGCAGCCUGGUCUCCGGGCUCUUCAGCCCGGCGCCCUGCCCCUUCUCCCGCUGCUCCUUCAACGGCGUCUUCCAGCCGCCCGUGGCCGGGGACUUCGUGGCCUUCUCUGCCUUCUUCUACACCGUGGACUUCCUGCGGGCGGCCAUGGGGCUGCCCGUGGGCACCCUGCGGCAGCUGGAGGCCGCCGUGGCCGCCGUCUGCAACCAGACGUGGAGCGAGCUGCAGGCCCGGGCUCCGGGGGCGGGGCCCCGCCUGCCCAACUACUGCCCCGCGGCCAUGUUCGUGCAGCAGCUGCUCAGCCGGGGCUACGGCUUCGACGAGCGGGCCUUCAGCCGGGUGACCUUCCAGAAGAAGGCCGGGGACACGGCGGUGGGCUGGGCGCUGGGCUACAUGCUGAACCUCACCAACAUGAUCCCCGCCGACCCGCCCGGGCUGCGCAAGGCCCUGGCCCUGAGCGCCUGGGCCGCCCUGAUCCUGCUCUUCGCCCUGCUGCUCCUGGCCGCGCUGGUGCUGCUGCUGCGCAGGGCGCGGCCCGCCAAGCCGCCCGGCGCCCUCUAG